AUGAAUGAUACGUGGAGUUACGCGAGGAUCGACGCCCAACAAAGUAUUGACAUUGCAGUGAACGAGAAGGCCUCGCAUGACUUUGGUGGCAAAGAUGCCUUUGAUACGAUGAAUAGAGUAGGAGAAGCAGAAGAAAAUACAGUUGGCUUGGUCAAGCUGUGGCAGCGCAAAUCGAUCAAGCAGCUGCCCGAAAUCCUGCAACUGGUCGGCCAACCUUUGCUUGCGCCUCUGGCAUCAAUGUUCGCUGCAAACGGCUUCUUUCCUCAUGACAUUGACAGACUGUUGGAAUCUUCUUUUGACGGAGAUAUUGAAGACAAUGAUUGGCCUGCGGAUUUCCGCUGA